GAAAGAGGAGGACUUCAGAGUACGGCAAAAAAAUUUCAGGAAAUGGAAAGGAAAUAUGAUAUUGUGAUUCUUGGAGCCACUGGAUUCACUGGACAGUUUGUUCUUGAAGAGGCACUUCGAAACAUCACCGAGGGCAAUAAUGUGGGAACAAGGUUAUGUGCUGCAGGUCGAGACAUUACGCGGCUUAAAGCCACCAUAGAAUAUGCCAAGAAGUGUGCAGAGUCCGAAAUAGAUGUUUCAACAGAAGUAGUGGAUGUGAACAACAUGGAGAGCCUCGAGGCUUUGACCAGCAAGACCAAAGUGCUGCUGUCCUGCGUGGGCCCUUAUCGCACAUAUGGACAUCAAGUGGCGCUUGCCUGCAUUAAAGGAGGUGCAGAUUACCUCGACAUCUGUGGGGAGCCAGAGUUCUUGGAGAGCGUCCAGGCCAAGUUUGAUGUCGAGGCCAAAGCCAAAGGCCUUCACCUGGUGGGCAGCUGUGGGUUCGACUCAGUGCCUGCUGAUGUGGGCACGCUGGAGCUGCACAAGCGCUUCAAUGGAAAGCUCGCCCACGUGGAGAUGGUCGCCGCCCACCAGCACGUGGACGGCCUCAGUCCGCCCAUCCACGCGACGACGCUAGAGUGCGCCGUCCUCGGCUACGCGAACAGGCACAAGCUGCGCGACAACAGGGCCGUCGUCAUGCCCCCAGGGCUGCCGCUCCUGCCCUACAAGCCCGCCAAGAGACCGAUGAUGUGGUACCACGAACAAGACAAGCUGUGGUGCUUCAACAACCUGGGGUCUGAUCGGUCUGUGGUGAUGCGUUCCCAACAUCUGCUGCGGCGCCUGCGUCAGGAGGACUACCAGCCUCUGCACUUCUCAGCUUUCUUCGGCAUGCACACCAUCGGAGAGGCGCUCAAGGCGCUCAUGUUCGGCUUCAUCUUCAUGAUCUUGUCUUGCUGCGCCCUGGGCAGGAACUUGCUUAUCAAGUACCCGCGCGUGCUGACGUUGGGGCUGUUCUCGUGGCGCGGUCCUGAGCGGCGCGAGCUGCUGAGGCAGAGCUUCUGCGUGGCGCUCACAGGCCACGGCUGGACGACCAGCGACACCUGCACCCCUCCUGCACCUGUCUGCAGGCUCAGGGUGCGAGGCCCUGACCCAGGCUACUUCGGCACGGCGAUCAUCGUGGUGCAGUGCGCCCUGACGAUGCUGCGGGAGAAGACCUCCCUACCCCUCGGGGGCGGUGUGUUCACUCCAGCAGCUGCGUUCGCAAAUACAAACCUGGUUCCCAAUCUCACUUCUCGCGGUGUUACUUUCACUUACGACGACAUCAAGAAAGACCUGCAAUCCUAGAUAAAUAUCUUCCGCAUUUUAGUCAGCCAUUUUUUCGUGAUGCGAUAUUGCCAUCUGCUAUUUUUAUCAAGCUUGGAAGGAACUUGGUAAAGUUCUAGUCGUCCAGGCUGACGAGUCAUGCGCGUUACCUCAAUGCAACUUGUUUUCUCUGUUGGGUGUUAUUGCAAGAUUUUACACUUGCAAGAGAAAUGAAUGUUUAGUUGACAUGUUCUACUUGGGGAAUUGGACAAUGAUUCAUAUUUUGUUCCUGAGUAAUCACGAUGAGCGUUCUUCUCUCAGUUUUACCGCGCUUACUACAUGUUUUUGGUUGCGAUGGCAUUCCUGUGAAACCUUAUGUUCUGAUGCUGUGUGUUUGUUCUCACACUCAGUUAAGAAAUAAUGUGAAGCUGUUAUUGAAAAUGAUCAUUCUUACUGUUUCAAUGUGGGGUUUGCUUGUUCGAGUUCAUAUCUUGAUGUGGUGCAUUGCGCUCAUUUAUCCAUCACUUUCUCGACGUUCUUUUACACUCCAAAUUAGUAAGAACCAUGAGUUGAAACAAAGAUGAAGUCCUCUUAUAUGAUUGAAUCAUUUUGAAAAUCUCUUCAGUUUAGCUAGCGAUAUUAUCUAAUUUCUAGAAGGUAAAACUUGGAUUGUUUUUUGAGUUUUCGGUUUUGCUAUGAACUUGGUUUGGCCGUGGCUUCGCCUCUAUUCUAUUUGCUAACCUCGCUGUUCAUAUGAUACAUCAUAAAUUAUUGCUGUUAAAAAAAUUUAUUCGGACAAUUUUUCAUGGUUUAAUGAAAACAAAACUCUAGCAAAGAACAAAGGUCUGAUUAUUAAUUUUCGAGGCACAAAAAAUCCUCCGAAACGCUGAAAAUAAUUAACUGCAGCAUAGCUAUAUCCUACGAUGUAAAGUAGAUCCGGCUUGAUAUUAACGAAUUUCUCGACCACACGUACAAGUCAUUCCAGUUAUUUCACGUGCAACGUUCAAUGAUAAAUAUAUAAUAGAAGGUUUCGGCUUCGUUGUCGAUCAUUACUGCUGUCUGGUGAGCAAAUUUCAGUAACAAUUACACAGAGUGAAACGCUAGUCAAUGUUGAAGCAUGUAAAUCUUCGAGUCAAGAUAAAAAGACGAUUAUAUACGUAACAAAAAUCCCGAGACUAGCGAUGAUGCGAAUGUGAUUCAAGUCGGGUCCCUUGCGCAUGUUGAAAUAUUCGUAUAUUUGUUUACCUUAUGAAAUAACUGUUGAUUGUUGAACUUCUAAAUAUAUUCUUCAUAUAUA